AUGAAGGAAGCACAAUUAAACACUGAAUCGCCGGCUCUACCAACACGGUCGGGAAAACGCUCUUCUGGGAUACUUCAACAUACAUUACACGACUAUUCAGAAGUCAUCGAACGUCCGACACCUCUCCAGCACCAUCCACGCACCCAUCGUCGCACGCUGUUCAAGGACAGGUGUACGCCAUUUUACGGAGUUCCAAAUCACCGUGUUGCAUUUGAGGUUUGCAAAGACCUCGUUAAUGGUCUGGACUUGUUGCGGAAAGCAGGGUUCUUGCAUCGGAAUAUCAGCGGCUCCACCUGCAUUUUGAACUACAACAGGGAUGCGCAAAUCUAUCGGGCUAAGUUGGUAGAUUUGGAGUAUUGCAAGCGGUAUCAGGAGACAGGAUUCCAUGAUCCCAAAUCCGUGUCGCGCGAAUUUGCCGCUGUUGAAGUCAUGGAUGGCGAGUGGAACCUCGCGAAGAGUGGCCUGGAAAUCCUCCGGUUAAGAAAAACACUCCCUCCCUUCCAUCGACAUUACUACCACGAUCUAGAGUCGCUCUUCAAACUACUAACCUGGUACACAACCACAUAUUUGCCUAUCGACAGGGACAAAAAUCAGGAAAUCGUGGCUAAUCUCGACCUUGUCGGUUGGAAGACAAAGGUCUUUGAUGUUUUGUUCCCGCGGGAAUCCCAUUUAGAGCGCCGCCGAAACCUAUGGGAAAGACCAAACAAGGUUUACAGUGACUUGAUGUUCGUCGUCGGAUGGCCAGAAGAAACGGUCGCUAUCCUCCUCAGCCUCAGCGAGAUACCUUCUCACUUUGAAUCGGAAUACACGGCACUUUAUCGGAAUCCUCCACAGGAUAAAGCAGUGCGGUGGCCCGAUGCAAGGUUCAACGAUUCACUAUACAAGAAAUUUAUCAACACUCUGGACCAUGUCGCUACUCAUCUUGGAACAGUUGGUUCUGUUUCAAUGUGCGGUUUACUGAAUGAGGGGAGGAUGAAGAACAAGAGGCCCGGGGAAGAAAAGGACGAGACUGACAGGAUCCCUAAGAAGCGGGGAUGA